UUUAGAUAGACUGACAAAAAUGACGCACACUUUAGGUCGCGAAAAAAUCUGUAGCGAAUUCAGACCAUCCGAAGAGGAGAAUCGUGAGUUCGAAAUUCAGAAAUACAAUGGACCUAGAAAUAGUCGCGACGAGCCACACGGAGAAGGAAAAGCGAAACUGGUCAACGGAAACCGUUACGAGGGUUCAUUUAGACGGGGUCUUCCACAUGGAAAAGGGCGACUUUUUCUAAGGGAUGGCUAUAAUUAUGCUGGUCGUUGGCGUAAAGGACUCAAACAUGGAAUGGGUCGUAUGAACUAUCCGGAUUGUACUUGGUAUGAAGGCGAGUUUCGUAAAGAUCGUCGACAUGGUUCCGGUACAUACUACUACUCCAAUGGAGCACGCUAUCAGGGCAAUUGGCUUGCGGAUGAACGGCAUGGGGUGGGGCGUUAUUUUUUCAGUGAUGGUGAUAUCAUUUUGAACGGUACAUGGUUGGAAGGUAUGGCUCGGGGACCUGCUGAAAUAAUUAUGGAAGGCUGUCGCUUUCAUGGCUAUUGGGACGGGGAUUUUCCGCGAGGGCCUGGAUAUUUUAGUUUUGGUGCGAAAGUUAUGGUGAAAGGAAAAUUUUAUGUCGAUGAAAGGGAGGCAAGCGAAACCAAGCCGGUUUUCUGGCGACCUGAGGCAUUUGAAAACUAUGAAUACUCAAAGCUACCGCUGGAACCGCUUCCUCUGCCUGUUGAUGAAUCGGAAAUCUCGGAAACCAGUUCUUCCGAGGAUGAGGAAUGUUUGUCAGGUAACCCAUCGAUUGUGCUGAGUGAAUGAUUACAUUUGUUGAA